CUUUUGGAAACAGCACGACUUGCAAGAUGUUGGAAGUCAUAUACGUCGUGCGGCACGGAUACCGAUCGAACUGGUCUGUGGAUCCAUCAACCGGCCAUUACAACUCGACAGUACCCUCGCCCACUGGAAUUGUUGCCGAUCCAGCGCUCGCUUCGUAUGGCGUCAAGCAGGCUCGCGAGCUGGGAGAGCAUCUCAAGACAUUGAAUCCGCCUGUGGACCUCGUCUACUCCAGCCCGUUCUACCGCUGUCUCCAGACAUUGAAGCCCUUCACGGAUCAUCUCAGCAGCACCAAGGACUCCAAGCCCAAGAUAUACGUCGAGCGCGGCGUAGGCGAAUUCUAUGGCCUUGCACGUUUCGAUCACCCUCAACCUGCCACCAUUGAAGUCCUGAACGAACACUUUGAGAACCUGGUCGAGUCUCCAACCACGAUCGUCCCGAGCACCAAUGGCGAGAGCAUACCUCAACUGCACGAUCGCGUUGCCUAUGCUCUCAGCCACAUCAUCUCCCGCGCCGACAACGAUCCGUCGGAGCCAAAGUCACUUCUCAUCUGCACUCACGCUGCAGCCAUGAUCGCCAUCGGCCGUGUCCUGACUGGUUGCAUGCCUGAAGACGAAGGCGAAGACGACUUCAAAUGCUUCACGUGCUCUUUCUCGAAGUUUGUUCGCAAGCCCCAAAGCAAAGGGAAAGGCGUUGGUGGGGGCUGGGAUUGCGAGGUCAACGGAGACUGCUCGUUCCUCGAAGGUGGUGAGGAGAGAGGAUGGUAA